AUGGAUGAGGCCGAUUUCUCAGAAGAUACAACUUCUAAACAAGAGGAGGAUUUGCCUUAUGAUGUGGAUUUCUCCCAAAUUGAGAUAUACAGUGAUUAUAAGUUUAGCUCAAAAAAUGACAUCCCUCAUAUCUCAAAUCAAAUUAAUUUAGCAGCAGAUGACCCACAAGAAAAGGCUACACAUAGAGAGACCUGCAGGAAGGCAGACAUGGCCACAACGCUGGAUAAAACGACUGAAAAUCCUGUCAACACAAAAUGUGUUAAAGAGGAACCAUGCCCCAUGAAUCUUCAUGGUCCAGCUAAUGAAGGAGACCCUUCAAAGUCCAACAUUUCUGAUAUUUUACUCCAUCAUCUUUGCAAAGAGGAAUUCUCAAGAGGUCAAGGCAUUAAUUGUGAAACUCUCCCAGAGAUCUCUCCUGCUGACAGUUUUGAUGAGGCUAUUAAAAAUACUAUUUUGCAGCACGUUAAGAAUUCUUGGCCAGCAGAACAAUCCCCAGAACUCAGUGACCAACUUGAUCCCAAAAGGGAUGGUGAAAACAGCAAUUACCCUAUUUGUUCUCCAACCACGGCAGAAGAAAACACGUCUGAUUUAGAAGAGCCAGUGACUGAUGGAGAAGGCAGCCAUCAAGAAAAUUCAAAUUUUCUAACUAAAAUCAAGAGUCCAAGUGAUAAACAAAAAAGUUGCCAAGGGCAGACACCCCCAAAACAGCAGGGUGGAAAGGCAAGUUCAGGCAACAGGUUCAAAUAUGGCCAAGAUCAAGUUCAUUACUGGUUCUCUGAUUACUGGUUCUCUAAGGUUGCUCCCAAAGUGAAAAUUCCUAAAAAUAACAUCAUUGAUAAACCACCUAUAGCAGAUAAACAAGCCUGUUUUUCUCCUACAUUGAGAGAUAAGUCAGCUAUCGUGCAAGGUAUUUCAGAACGCACAUCUAGGUCAAAUUAUGUUGAAAAACAAGAGGAGAAAUGGAAAACUACUGAACCUUCACAACAGAUAGAGAUGGAGCCCACAAUACAUAUCCACCAAGAACAUCUUGCAGGAGUAGAAUCUGAGACAAAUGUCUCUAAGUUGCCAUCUACUUCUCAGAAAGACCCUCCAAGUUCUUCUUACAUAUUUCAAAAGAUAUCCCAAGGGAAACAGAUAUGUCAGAAGUUAAAAGAACAGACCAAUCAACUGAAGACUAAAGUAAAAGAAUUUUCCAAAAGCAUAGCACAGGACUCUCCCUAUCAUUUGCAAGACAGGAGGCUGGUCUUGGAGAAACUGCAGGGACAUCUUGAGCUGCUGGAGCAGGAGUUUCUGGCCAACAAGGAGAAGCACCAGACUUUGAAGCAGCAAGUCCAUGAACAUGAAUCCCCAGCAGUUGAUGACUUUGACCCACAAAGAAAAGUGGAAGGUGAAAUCUUCAAGUUGGAGAUGCUACUUGAAGAUUUUAAAGAGAAAAUUAAUAAAGGCAAACAUACUUCAGCUAUUUCUCUUCCCAUGAAUUCUCCAAUCAACCUGGACGACUUGUCACCCACAUCCCCUCCGCCCUCAAAUGAGGAGGACCCCAACAACGCCCCGGGAAGGCAGGACCGUGCAGAGACAACCAGUGCGAGCUGUGCCUUCUGCCUCCAGGUCUUUGAAUGGAAGCAAAAAGUGAAGAAAAAAGGCCAUAGAGGAAUCAACUGUGAAAGGUUUCCCACUGCUAUUCAAGACAAGGCAGUGCACCCAGACUCGGUUCUCGGUUCUGAUACAGGACACAGCUGCUCUUCUGCUUCCGGGACUGGACUGCAUACUAGUAGAUGUGAGAAAUGUGGCACUAAGAUUCCUAACUCCCAGAGAGUCCGUGGUAAAGAACCAUCUAGAGAAUUUCAUUAUAGAUACAACACCCCAGGACAGAACUACUUUAAUCAUAGCAAAAGAAGUGCCUUUGCCCAGCUCCGCUUUUUAAAUGAAAAUAAGAAUUCUUCACCUUCUCAUUCAAAACCAAAAUGGAUCUGUUCCCAGAGAGCGAAUUCAAAAUCCUCUAAUGAUGAAUGUGAAUCCAUACAAGGGAAGAAAAAUCAUAAGGCUUUCAUGACCUACAGUUCAGACUCUGCUACACCCUCACCUCAUUCCCACUCCUGCAGGACUUCUGGAAGCACAUCCUUAAGCAACAUUAGCGGUAUUGAAGAAACAGAAUCUGAGACUUUAAACUCGUCUUUGGAUCACGCCCUAAGAACAGCAACUAUUUUGAAACAAACUACUGAUCAAAUGAUUAGAACUAUUGCAGAAGAUCUUGCCAAAGCACAGAGAUGGAGGAAUCGACUGAAAUACUAG